GGACCAAAGAAACAUAGAAGAAGAAAAGUCAUAGCUUCCUCCUUUCUUCCUCCUCCCUCCAUAGCGUGUGCUUUCUACAAUAUUUGUAUCUUUAAUCCCAACAUCAUAUAAAUAUCCUUCAUCCCACCUCAUUCUCUUCAUCUUCAUCCUCCUACUCGAUCCAAUCCACAACUAAUUUCUUACACCAUAUUUCUUCAUCAAUCCAGUAAAGUCAGACUAUCCUUCUUAAAGGUUUUCAUGUGUAAAGUUACAAAGGGUAAAUUUUAUUCUGUCAUGGAUGGAGAGAAGUUUGAAGAAAAGUAUCAUGGGUUGUUCUUGAAAUGCUCGAAUUUGCUCGAGUUAGCAGCUGCAGAUGAUGUUUCUGGGUUUAUUUACAUGGUGGAAGAGAAGGAGGCGAGCUUAGAUGAGAUCAGCUUUUGGUACGUGAGAAGAAAUGGGUGUAAAGGGAAGAUGGGUCUUGAAGAACGAACUCCUCUCAUGAUUGCUUCCAUGUAUGGAAGCACUCAGGUUUUGAAAUACAUAAUCGAUGCGAAAAAGGUCGAUGUUAACAAAACCUCCGAUUCCGACGGCGCCACCGCUCUCCACUGCGCUGCCGCCGGUGGCUCUCCUUUGUCGGUUGGAGUUGUGAAGCUUUUGCUUGAAGCUUCCGCGGAUGUUAACGUAACCGACGCCAACGGCAACAAACCCGGCGAUCUGAUAGCUCGUGGCAUCAAAUCGUCAACACGAAGAACUUUGGAGAUGCUGUUGAAGGGUUUUGCGAUUGAAGAUGGUAGCGAUGAAGAACAAAUCGAAGAAAAAGAAAUUGUUGCAGCGAAAAAGGAAUACCCAAUUGAUGUAUCGAUGCCCGAUAUCAACAAUGGUGUCUAUGGGUCCGAUGAGUUUAGGAUGUAUACGUUUAAGGUGAAACCAUGCUCAAGAGCUUAUACUCAUGAUUGGACGGAGUGUCCGUUUGUUCAUCCCGGCGAGAACGCSCGSCGSCGUGAYCYGARRAAGUWCAACUACAGCUGCGUMCCKUGCCCGGAGUUUCGYAAAGGWAGCUGYGUKAAWGGMGAUKCKUGCGARUAUGCACACGGGGUGUUUGAAUCUUGGCUUCACCCAGCUCAAUACAGAACUCGUUUGUGCAAAGACGAAAUUGGGUGUGCCAGAAAAGUUUGCUUUUUUGCUCACAGGGUGGAGGAGCUCCGGCCGGUGUACGCUUCCACUGGGUCGGCUAUGCCGUCGCCAAAAUCAGGGUCUGUGAAUUCAAUGGAAAUGGGUUCGAUGAGUCCGUUGGCGCUUGGUUCGACUCCAUCUAUGUCUCCUCCGUCUUCUCCGAUGUGGCAGAACAAGGUGAAUCAUUUGACACCGCCGGCGCUGCAACUUCCGGGGAGUCGGUUGAAGACGGCUUUGAAUGCUAGAGAUUUGGAGAUAGAUAUGGAGUUGCUUGGAUCGGAGAGCAUACGAGCUCAACAGCAACAAAGACGGCAAAUGAUUGAUGAUUUAUCAACUAAUCUUUACAACAAUAACAACAGAUUCGGGGAACUGAAACCUACGAAUCUUGAUGACGUUUUUGGAUCUCGUGAUCAAUCUUUGUUGUCUCAAUUUCAUGGUUUAUCAUCUCCAAUGACGAACACACCAACCCAAUUGCAAUCUCCAACUGGGCACCAACAAUUCCGUCAAAAUUCGAACCCUCUUCGUGCAUCAUACCCUUCACCAAACUACUCAUCAUCUCCGGUGCGAAAACCAUCGAGUUACGGGUUUGAUUCGUCGGCUGCCGUUGCUCAGGCGGUCAUGAAUUCAAGGUCUGGUUCCUUCUCAAAGCAACGCAGCCAGAGCUUUAUUGACCGAGGUGCAGGAGCCACCAUGAGUCUCCGGUCAAUUCCCCAACAACCUUCCAACUUCUCCGAGUGGGGUUCGCCGGACGGGAAGCUGGAGUGGGGUUUCAGUGGUGACGAUGCUAACAAGCUUAGAAAAUCUGCAUCUUUCGGGUAUGGUGGCGGUGCUGUGAAUAUGAACCAUGAACCAGAUGUUUCAUGGGUGAACACACUGGUUAAGGAUGUUGGUGUUGGGCUACAUAGUUCACCGGAAAAGCACCGAUACGGCGGCGGAGGAGAGAAACUGCCGCAAUGGAUCGAGCAGAUGUACAUAGAACAAGAACAGAUGGUGGCAUAAACGCAAGAGCUUCGAUUUUGCCAUUAAAAUUCUUUGGUGAAUUCUUAAUUUCUUAUAUAUAUAUAUAUAUUUAAUCAAUGAUGAUGGUGAUGUAGUAGUAUGAUUCAGACGUAGGAGGAAGAAGGAACUGAACGUUGAUCUUGGUUUAGGGGAAGAACAACUGGGAAUUCUUUUAAUUUUUCUUUGAUUUGAUGAAGAUUUCUUCAUAAUUUCCCAACUGGGAAUUUAAUUUAUAUCCUUUCUGAUUCAAUUUCUGAUCAUCUUGCUGUUCUUCUUUUUAUUGUUCAUGGCAUGAUUAAAAAUAAAAUGAAAAUAAAAAAUAUUGAAUUAAA